GUACUUUGAGAUGCUUAGGAAAUGGAGAGUGUUAUUCUUCACAACGAUGGAACUUUCCCAGGGACAGACUCUUCUUUCAACUCCAAACCUGAGACUCCUAACCACAAACUCUAUUCUUGUCCAAGUUCUGCUUCAUUAUUUAUUUAUUCAGCAAACAUUUACUGAGCACUAACUUUGUGCCAGGCACUCUUAAGACCAGCCCAGUCUCACUUCUGUCAGGAUCAGUGUCUUGGCUGUUGUUUAUCACCCCCAAUAACCCCACCUUCCCUGUAUUUCUGAAUACAAGCAUGAAAACCACCUCAGCAUGGCUCAGGACCCAAAUGCUAACAAGGAUUUGGAGACAACAAAUACUUCCCCACCUCCAAGCUGGGGGUACUGACUGCUGUGCUGUGGGCAGGGCUGAUGGGAGCUGCUCAUGAAUCAUAAACUCCUGCCCUGUUGCUCAACCCAGGGUAGAAAGUGUCCCUCCUCCACCUGCCAGCUUGCCAGAAACACUGCUCUUUGCACAGACUAUGGUUCAUUUGCUUCAACAAUGUGAGAAUCCUGUUGCUGGGAAUCCGUCUGUUCUCAGCUCUUCACAGUUGUCCUACAUCACUGGUUCACCUGCAGAAGUGUAUCAGAAUUGUAUCAUAUCACCAAACGUUGACUGGUGGCCUGCUGUCUUAAAAUCUUCUGUCAGAGAAGAAUGAGGAAAAAUGAAACAGCACUCCGAUGGCUUCUUCUAUCAUAUUUCUCAUGCCACCAGAAUGCCCGGAGAGAUAGAUAAGCCCCUGAUCAGCCACCACCUGGUAGACAGCGAUGGGAGCCUUGCUGAGCCCCCUGUUGGGGCCCUCAAAGUGGGCAUCCUGGGCAGUGGGGACUUUGCCCGCUCCCUGGCCACACGCCUGGUGGGCUCUGGCUUCAGUGUGGUGGUGGGGAGCCGCAACCCUAAACGCACAGCCGGGCUGUUCCCCUCAUCAGCCCAAGUGACCUUCCAGGAGGAGGCGGUGACCUCCCCAGGCAUCAUCUUUGUGGCUGUGUUCCGAGAGCACUACUCCUCCCUCUGUGGCCUCAGUGAUCAACUAGCCGGCAAGAUCCUGGUGGACGUGAGCAACCCGACAGAGCAGGAGCACCUUCGGCAUCUCGAGUCCAAUGCGGAGUACCUGGCCUCGCUUUUUCCCACCUGCACAGUGGUCAAGGCCUUCAAUGUCAUCUCUGCCUGGACUCUCCAGGCUGGCCCAAGGGAUGGGAACAGGCAGGUGCCCAUCUGCAGUGACCAGCCAGAAGCCAAGCGCACCAUCUCCGAGAUGGUUCAUGCCAUGGGCUUCAUGCCCUUGGACAUGGGUUCCUUGGUAUCAGCCCGAGAGGUAGAGGCCAUGCCGCUGCAUCUCCUGCCAGCCUGGAAAGUGCCUGCACUCCUAGCCUUGGGGCUCUUUGUGUGUUUCUUUGCAUACAACUUCACCCGGGAUGUGCUGCAGCCCUAUGUACAGGAGGGCAAGAACAAGUUCUACAAGCUGCCCGUGUCUGUGGUCAACACCACGCUGCCGUGCGUGGCCUAUGUGCUGCUGUCACUGGUGUACCUGCCCGGCGUGUUGGCGGCCACCCUGCAGCUUCGGCGAGGCACCAAGUACCACCGCUUCCCCGACUGGCUGGACCACUGGCUGCAGCACCGCAAGCAGAUCGGGCUGCUCAGCUUCUUCUGUGCUGCACUGCACGCGCUUUACAGCUUCUGCCUGCCGCUGCGCCGCUCUCACCGCUACGACUUGGUCAACCUGGCCGUCAAGCAGAUGUUGACCAACAAGAGCCACCUCUGGGUGGAGGAGGAAGUCUGGCGCAUGGAGAUAUACCUCUCACUGGGAGUGCUGGCCCUCGGUACGCUGUCCCUGCUGGCCAUCACCUCAUUGCCAUCCAUUGCAAACUCGCUCAACUGGAGAGAGUUCAGCUUCGUGCAGUCCACACUGGGCUUUGUGGCCCUGGUGCUGAGUACACUGCACACACUCACCUAUGGCUGGACUCGCGCCUUCGAGGAGAGCCGCUACAAGUUCUACCUGCCGCCUACCUUCACGCUCACGCUACUGGUGCCCUGCGUCAUCAUCCUGGCCAAAGGCCUGUUCCUGCUACCCUGCUUCAGCCGCAGACUCACCAAGAUCCGAAGAGGCUGGGAGAAAGAUGGUGCGGUCAAAUUUACACUGCCAGCUGACUCCAUCUUAGCAGAAAAAACAAGCCAUGUGUAAGGUACCUGUGCCUAGCACCAUAAACUAGGUGCAGGUGGCUCAUAAUCACUUUCCUUUUCUGGAUAGUGCAGAGCAGAGUAAUUGUGCACACACAGGUGGUUCAAGGUGGGACUUCCCUGUAUGAAAAUGUGUGCCAUAAUAUUCAGAAUGACACACACAUGUGUGCAAUUUGUAUGUACAUAUAUUUCAUAUAUAUAUAACAGAAUUUGAGAUUAUACUUACUUAGCUAAAAGUUGGGUGCCCGAGAUUUCAACUUGUAGAUUUAAAAGCAAGUGCCAGAUGUUAAGCAGCAGAUGAUGCUAUUGUGACCUUUGCAGAGAUACAUACACACUUUUGCACAGAACAGACUUGUGUAUCCUGGUGAGUACUGUCCUUAGCUCACCUCCACUUCCCUUUGGCUACUUUCCCAAGGUGACUACAGAGUUGUAAUUCUAAAUGGCAGGGAAGAUAAUAGCUCUGCCUGCAGCCCACCCAGGCUCCUGGGACUGACGAAGAGAUGCCAGUGAGCAGGGGCUGGGGGUCUGGUUCUUCUAGUCCCCCUUGGGCAGCAACAGGAGGAUGAGUGGAGGGCGGUGUAGGUGGUGAGCCUGGAGUUUGUCCCCAGAGGCCCCCGAAGUCGGGUUUUUUCCAGGUAGAGUUUUUUUUCAGAUGGGGGAUUGGGACUAAAGCUGUUUCACCUGAUCCUCACUGAGCUGGGGAGAUUUUCUUUUCCUCCAAAAGUAAAGAAUCACCACAGAGCCUGAAAAUGGAUCCUCCUGUGAGGGUGUGAAGUCACCUCUUGCUGGAGCCACAAAUGAUCCCCUUUUGAGAACAAGCGUAAUUGCUGUCCCUCCUUUAAGUCAGUUGUGACCAUUCUUGAAGCUGCUGUGCCUUCUCACCUUUUCCCUGUUAAUCUGGAUGUCUCCCACAAGGCUGAGAGCACACUCUUAGUGAUCAGUCUGGGGAGGCCACACAGCUGUGCUCACUGAGCCUCACAGCCACAGCCUUUCUUGGACCUGACAGGGCUGAGGACUGUCUUCACUAGGUUUGCCCUCUGGAAAAAUAUCAGGGACCCUUGCAGGUGUCCUCGGCUGUCACUGAAUAUUCAGAAAACAACACAGGCUCCAAGCUCCUCCUCCUGAGAUAGCAAUCUCCCCCUUAACCACAACUUUGCCUUCCUGGGUAUCAGUUACCCAAUAUCAACUGCAGUCUUGAAAAUAUUAAUAUUUGUCCUCUUUCCAGAGAGGCACCGUGUUCAUGUAUUUUAUUUCAUAUGUUAUUAUAGUUGUUCUAUUUUACUAAUUACUAGUCUCUUGCUGUGCCUAAUUUAUUAACCCUUAUGAUAGGACUGUAGGUUUAGGAGGACUAGACCAUAUACAUUCAAGGUUCAGGACUUUCCAAGGUUUCAGGCCACCAAUGGGAUCUUGAAUAAGGAGGAAUAAGCAGGGGGACUGCUGUACUACAUUUCAAAAAAAAGCUGGGAGGGACUUUCCUGGCAAAGGUACAAAUGGAAAACAUUACUGUCCUAAAGCACAAGAGGCCAGACCACAGUGAGGGCUGCAGGAUAUCUGUCCUCAGUCCCAUGCCACCUGUCACUGAUUUACAUUGAAACAUGAAGAAGCAGCUGUCCUCAGUCCAAGAACCCCGACCUCUCAUAGGCCCAGAGUGAUCUGCUACCAGAAAUUCAUCUGUAAAUACACAGGUCUCAAAGGGGCUCCUCCCGGCCCAAAAGGCAUCAUCUGAUAGAACAGGGAGCUGGACUGGCACAAGCCAACCAGAGCGUGGGGAAGAGGAGGUGCCAUGCAGGCCCCGGGAGCACUGUGCCCUCGUGUUUCCUGAGAACAUUAGUGUCCUUCCAAGAAAGGAGGAAGCCCAGUGCAGAACCUCUCAAUAGGCCCAUGACUGAUGGGGCGAGGCCAUCCUCUUCCUGCAGGUGUUUCCAGCUGCAACUCCCAGCUGGGUGGCAGGAGCUUAUCUUGAGGCAUAAAUUGGCCCUGAUGAGAGCAGCAGCUGUGGCCCAUGACUCACUGAAAGGAAACAAGGGAAGUACACACUUCAGCAUUUGCUUGGCGUAACAAUGAUUCCCUGCUAAUGGAAGCAACCCCCUCCCCCAGUGAUUCUAACCCCAGUGGGUGUUGGCUGCCUUUCUUCUCCAGUCUUACCUGCCCAGCGAAGGUUCCUUAUACUAAAGAUAACGGCACAGAGCAAAGGCCAGAGUACUUCCUCCCUUCCCCACCCAGCCCUUGCUGAAGGUGUUCAUCAGGGCAGCAGUGAUUCAAAGGUAGGUUACAGGAGGAAACUGGUGGAGCAGAGGAUCUGUCAUCUGCCAACCAGUCAGGAAAGGCAGGUGGGCUAUGUGCUUGGCCCAACCCCUGUGUCUGCUAUUGCUCUUCCCUACCUCACCAGGCAGCUGGCAACAGCAUCCGCAAGACCACGAGUCACUCUCCCCAGAGCCUGGCAAAGUCUACGUGCCUCUGGGUACAAAAGUGCCUCAACCCACAUACUCUGGGAAUCCUAAAUGCCACAGUCUGAAGUUGACUUGUAAAAUCUAUGCUGUUGAAAGAAUCUGUGUAUUUUAUUCUUACCUUAUAGAGCUUGUCCAAGAAACAGCAAAAAUAAAUAUCUAACCUGCCAUAAAUUUCAGGCUUUUAUUUGUGGUACAAAGAUCAUGUGCCUGAGAGUUCCUUGCCUUCUGAUAGAGCUCUCAGUCGAGUAGCACAUAAGUUAUUAGGGAAUGAUCUGUGCUAGGUCCAGCCACUGAGGAAGGACAGACACUCAGACCACAGUGGCAGGUCAGUGGGGGAAAUGGGCGAAAUUAGGGGACACAGUAUGGAUUGGGAGUGACAAGAGUACCCCAGGCCAGUGAGGCAGCACAGGAGGCUCCUGGAGUGGUCUGAAGGCUGAGGCUCCAGGCCAUUAAGGACACCAGUGCUCCUCACACUAUAAUGUGUCUCUGAUUCUCAUGGCAGUGUGGUUCAAAUGCAUGCUCUGAUGCAUGGGUCUGGGAGGAGGCCCUAGAUUGUGCAUUUCUGACAAGCUCCUGGGUGACACCAAUGGUGAUGACUCUUGGACACUUUGAGGAACCACAGCUUGACUGGCUCUUGCUUCUGCUGUGCUGUACUCUGUGGCACACAAACCAGUGCACACACAUGUCUUGGCCCCAUUACCCUUCCCCAUGCCCUGGUGCAUCGUGCUGCACUGUGUGCCACAUGCACAAUGCCCCUGGGAUGCAGCCCUUUGGCCUUGAGCCCAUCGGGAGACCACUUCUCUGUCAUUGCAGCCAAGCUUUCCACAGAGGCACCAGAAACUUACUUGGAUGGAGGAAAAUAAAACCUAUGGCAGUCUGGUGGCUAAAAACUAUUUCUGGAGAACAAUAUCCAAAAGAGAGCUUUGCCAUUGUGGGUCCAUAAUAAGAGCUUUCCAUAGAAAUUCCUGUGGCUGGGAAAUAACUGAAAAAAAUAAAUGUUCAGAGAGAGAAAAAUCUUGUGCUUGAGGAUUCGCUUUCCUAUUCUCUGUCCUCUCACAUUACUAGAAGCGUGAAGCUUACAAAGAAUAAGCAAAAUCAAUUUCCAAAACUCAAUGGAAAAUACCCACUACUCAGCUCAUGUAAGAACUCGGGAACAACCAAAAUGACUCAUCUGUUAGAGACAGGAAGUUACCAUUCAGCCAUUUGGAAAGUUGGAUGUUUUUCAAAAGCAGGAAGAGCAGCUCUUUGGGCCUGGGUCAUUUCCUGGUCUCUGGACCAAGAGGAAGUUGGCACCAACAGAGCAGAAAUCCUGAAUCCCAUCAGACCAGCACAACUCUCUAACAGGUACUAUAUUGAAAAUCAGUUUACUCAUCUUAAAUAAAAUUUAGAAAUAAUGUAACCUACCUGUAUAUAUAAUUUUUAAUUGAACUGUCUUAAUUGAAAAAGUAAAAAUAAAUAUAAUUUAUAUUAACAUAUGUGAUAAUAAAUAAUAAUAUAUUAAGUAAUAAUCUUGCAUGAAGUUGGUUUUAAGAUAAAUACAAUGAUAUUUAAGUAAACAUUGCUAAUGCAGGUUUGCUCUGCCACGUGCUCCCACCAUGAUCAACAUGAUGUUCUCCCUUGACACAGGCCCAAAACCAAUGAAUCUAACUAACCAUAAACUAAAACCUCUCAAACUCUGAGUCAAAAUAAACCUUUCCUCCUUAUAAA